AUGAGGAGACUCGAGGAGGACGUUAAGAGCAAGGUUUCUGCCUUGGAGGAACGGGAUCAGCAGCUGCAAGAGCAGGGUGAGGAGUUGGCGGCCGUGAAGGCUCAACUGAGUGCCAAAGAAGUCGCUCUGGCGGUCGUGCAGGGCCAGUACACUCUGCUUUACCGGAAUCUGUAUGGGGUGAUGAUGUCUUCCUCAGUGAAGGAGGCUUCCCUGCGUCGAUAUCAGGCUCCAGCCGAGGAUGAGACAGACGAGGAGAAGGCCCUCUUGACCCGGGCGGAUUUGAUUCAGUACAUACGGGUAUUGGGAGGCGAUUGUGUUGCUGCCGCCGAGGACACCUAUAAUUCCACUGUAGCCCAGCUCAAGUUGAAGAACCCAGAGGUGGAGUUGGUGAGCGAGGGCACCGGGCCGUAUCACCGCGUGGAUGGCGACCAAAUUGUCUCUCCGGAUUUCGGGGAGGAGCCUGCGACCCAGGAGACCGGGGAAGUUCAGAUGGAGGAAGGUGCAUGA